GCCUGUUUGUCGUAUGGAAAGAUGUGAGGUCGUCGUGUCCCCACCUCAAAGUCCGAGUAGAAGGGCGGCCGAAUGUCCUCUCUCCCUUGGCGGGGGCGUUUCCCACGACGGGGUUCGCGGGGUUAGGCCACAAAAUAAACACCGCGGUUGGACGUUGUUCAACUACUUCAACUCGCUUUCUACCUUGGUUAUCGUUUCUACAUUUCAACUCUGCAAACCAAGAUACCUCAGCUAAGCCAAUCUAUCGCAAAUAAUCAACAUGUGCAAACACGUCCUCAACGCUCAAGUCUCCAUCCGAGCUCCGUGUUGUCAGAAAUGGUUCGACUGCCCUCAAUGCCAUGCGGAGAAAUCAGACCACGAGUUGAGGAAGACGACGGAAAUGCAUUUCAUCUGCAAAAAGUGCAAGAAAGCGUUCAGGAAGGAUAUCAACCAGUAUGAAGAGUCGGACGAGUAUUGCCCGCAUUGCGACAACCAUUACGUCAUCGAGGCAAAGACACCUCAGGCGGUAUUAGGUGUGGAGGGAGAGGAUGCGCGAAUAGAUUCGAGGAUGAUCAAGGACGACCGGGUCAAGAUCGACCCCUCUCGAUCGAUAUUCACGAGGGCAGCGGCGGAACAGGCGGACAAGCUGGAUGUACGGCCGAGAGCUGGGUUCGUUCCGAAAGGGUAUCAAGAGGAGUGAGGGGCAGGGCGUAAGGCGGGGAUGAGCAGAUUAUGGUUGUAUCAUCAAGUUCGGAUCUGAGAUAUAGAUGAUGUGUAGCAUUA